AUGACCAAGUCAAAGGAGGUUGAUGUCCACAACAACCCGGCUCACCUCACCUUCGCUUCGCCUAAGGAACGGAGACUCCAUCUCCGGCACAAGAUGGAAAGCGGAGGCGGGGGGGAGAGCUCGGAUAGCGGACAGACGCAACACGCGGAGAUACUAUUAGCUCAGGGGGGGAAGAAGAAAAUUCACCGUGCUCCUUCACCGGCUAGACCCAAGGAUGUGCCCGGGUGGUCCCUCGCGAAGAUCCGCGGUGGUAUCGGUGGAGUCCCCAGUUUGAGCGUGAAGCCGGGAGCCAUCCAUAUUUCCAGGCGCAGCCCGAUCGGAAGUCUAAAAGAUGCUAAAAGCGCUGGCAAAUCGGUGUCGAAGUCUUCCACUUACGCGAAAAACUCGGCUGUUAAGAAUGCGAAAAGUAGCGGCGGCGCGAGGAGGAAGGUGUCAGACGCCAGCAUCGGCUCCGACGAUCUGUCCAAGGAUUCCGGCUGCGCUCCCGGGAAACUCUCCCCGACGGAUAGCAGCUCGGAAUUGUCGGAUUGCGCCUCCGAGGAGCAGAAACUCUCCAGCAGCGACACCGAAUCCAGGAGCAGCCGAGGCGGAGGGCUGGAAGGAGACAACCCGCUCAGCAACGGGGCCAAAAGUCACCGGUCGUCCGUCGGUGUCGAAGCCGGCGAGCAGAUCGCGUCUACGGGGGAAGAACAGUCGGUGACUUCGGUGCCAGCGAGCACAUCUCUGGCCUUCUCUGACCUGACCGAGGAGUUGGUGGACGGAAUGCACGAGGAGUUUGUCAGGGAAAUCGAGGAGUUGAGAUCGGAGAACGAUUAUCUCAAAGACGAGAUGGAAGAGCUGCGAUCUGAAAUGCUGGAGAUGCGAGACAUGUACAUGGAGGAUGACGUCUACCAGCUUCAGGAACUGCGGCAACAACUUGAGCAGGCAAACAAGACCUGCCGCAUCCUGCAGUACCGGCUAAGGAAGGCAGAGCGGCGCUCCCUGCGAGUGGCCCAAACGGGACAAGUGGACGGUGAACUGAUCCGAACACUGGAACAGGAUGUCAAAGUGGCGAAGGACGUGUCCAUACGUCUCCACAGUCAAUUAGACAGCGGAGAGAAGAAGAGGGCCCGUCUGGAGGAGGAGAAUGAGGAACUCAGAACCCGACUCCAGGAUCUGGAGGUUGCCAAACAGGUCCUGCAGCAGGAAAUCGACAAGAAUUGCCAGAAGAAAAGAGGAGCGCGCCCCAACAACAAACCUGACAAGAAGCUUGUUCCGCAGGAGGACAGCUCAGACCUGAAGUGUCAGCUUCACUUCGCCAAGGAAGAAUCGGCUCUGAUGUGCAAGAAGUUGACCAAACUGGUGAAGGACAGCGAGGCCAUGAAGGAGGAGCUAGCCAAAUACAGGUCAUUGUACGGGGAUGUUGAUGCUUCCAUCACCAUAGAGGAGGUUGCUGAUUCACCUCACACCCGCGAAGCAGAGGUCAGAGUUCACUUGAAGCUAGUGGAAGAGGAAGCCAACCUGCUGAGUCGGCGAAUCGUGGAGCUGGAGGUGGAGAACAGAGGCCUACGAGCUGAAAUGGAUGACAUGAAAGGGCCACAAGAUGGGCCUCAAGAACUUAGUAGUGGGAGCGUUAGUCCAGGGACGGGACCAAUCGUCGGCGCUUCAUCCGAAAAUGUCAUGGAGCUUCAGCGACACCUCCAGUUCGUGGAGGAAGAGGCGGAACUCCUGCGUAGGUCUCUGAUUGAGAUGGAAGAACAAAACAAGCUCCUGAUGAACGAAAUCAACCGCUACAAGUCCGAACUGCCACCACUGACGGAUCCACUCUCUUCCCCUUCCGUCACGUCGCUUUCGGACCGGCUGCUUUACGACGGAACGCUUCACUCCGUGCAAGAGGCGGCUGUUCUCAUCAGCCCCGACGUUUCCCCUCUGGAGGAAGAACUCGGAGUGGCGCGGCAUCAGAUCGGAGAGCUGAGCGGGAAGGUGAAAAAACUGCAGUAUGAGAACAGAGUACUUCUUUCCAACUUGCAGCAGUGUGACUUGGCUUCCUACCAGCCUCAGUCGUCCUCCUCGUCUCUGCAAGUUGCUCCGGAUACGGAUGGAGAGAUUGGAGAUUGUGUCCCUAAACGACCACCGCACCGCAAAGAGCCAUUAGGGGUAGAGAAUGUGUCACUGGAGAGCGGUGAACAAAACAACAAGAUGGACAAAACCCCUGGGCUAAAAACCUCACGGUUGGCCCUCCCUGGGUUGAAGGACAAUGACGUUUUGCAGGCCAUGAGGGACCAGGCUCGGCUGAUUUCCACGGCGAUACAGCUCCUCACCUCCCCGGAAUCCAACUGCCUUCCAAGCUUACCGUCCGUUUAUCACAGCAGCGAGGCAGCAGAGUUGUGCGACGUGACAAAAGUGCAUCCUCAUUACCAGAUAUCGGAGCUUUCCGACUUGGCGGAUAGGCCUCUGGUCGGCGCUUUGACCAGCAGGCUGCAGGCCCUGCACGGCCAACUGCAGGUCUUUGUGGAAUGUGUGGACAACCUGGGGAAACCGUCAAUCGGUGCCGGUGAGGCUGCGUCAUCCUCGACCUCACCUUUCAAGUCGUCAUCCUGCUCUGGAGACGAACACGAUACACUCAAGACUGCAGAAGAGAAGCCUGAUUGUAGGGAGCCGUUGCAGCCAGGGCUCAAAGGCCAAACGGAGGAGACGGGUGACCAUGAGACAAGUCAAAAGCACGCCGAGGAAGAGGAAACACAAAAUGCACUUGAUACGUGCCUCCAAACUGGCUUCUUCGCCAAUACGGUCCAGUCCAGUGAUUCCCACAGCAAGUCGUGCGAGGCAGACGCUUCCGCUCAAGCGGAGCUGCAUAAGGAGACGGAAGCUCACAGAGAAAUGACACUCAAAUUCUCUCAGCUCCAGGAAGAGCAACAGAAGGCUCUUCUCCGCCGGGACUUCCAACUGCAAAGUUUGGGCCUCCAGGCUCGACUUCAGCACAAGUUGUGGGGUCAAGAGAGGACACUGCUAGUGCAGGAGUCCCAGCAUCUCAAACAAGCGUUGUUGCUGCUCAGCCUCAAGCUGCGCUGUUUCCUCAAACAUUGGCGGCUGGGGAGCAACAAGGACACUGAGUGGAAGGAUAUCCUUGAGAUGAACAACCUGAAGGACCUCUACCUUUUAUUGGAAGAGGAUAGCCUGGGAAGCCCCAGUAAAAUGGCUGAUGGAGACCAACAAGGACUUAACCCAUCAAUCAAGUCGAGCGCUGUCAGCAGCACCCUGGCGGAUCUAAAGGUUGCUCUGCAAGACCUGAGUGGCGAGUUGCGGCAGGAGCGACAAGGCUCCCAGGAACUCACCCAGCAAUUUGCCAAAGCCAAGGCAUCGUGGGAAGUCCAGAGGACACAACUUAAAAGCCUCAUCACACAGCUUGAGAGCAAAGCAGCCAAAGCAAGCACUCCGACCUCAGCGGAUGCAACAGACACACCGGACUUAAAGGUGGCGCUAAACAGAGAGCGAGAGGAGCACCAGCACCUUUUGGCCGAGUCCUACGCGGCCGUGAUGGACUUGACUAAACAGCUUCAGAUCGGCGAGAGGAACUGGGGCAGAGAGAAGCUGGAGCUGUUGGAGAGGUUCAGCCAGGAGAGAGCUCAGUGGGAAAAGAGGCUGAGAGAGAGCAAGUCAAAGUCUCCAAGUGCUGGGUCGUCUUCAGACACAAUCGUCACCAGUAGAACGGGAUCACCAAGGACCAAAUCCACACCAGAACUUGACGCACCAGAAUUCCAGACCAGCUUAGCAACAGUCCUGCCUAAUUUGAUUUGCCCACAGCUGAGUGACUCCAACAAGAAGAACUGGACUUGUCUGACUAAUCAGACUCCGGAUGUCAGGGACCCCUUUAAAACAUGGGAUGGCCCCAGUGCUAGCAACUUAGUGAGCUCGCAACUGGAUCUGGAGUCGGUCCCAAGGAGCCAUACCGCUCCAGAAAGUACAGGAAUACGGAUGUACUACAGCCCACCGGCCGUCCGACGCGUCGAGCAUCAGCGAAGUACGCCGGACGGCAAUGAGCUGCAUCGUAACCCUGACGCGAGCCCUGCUCUGGGGACCGGUCCGGUUGAGCUUCAGCAGUCCCCGUCCUGCUUUUCGUGGUCUUAUGAGCAGUGGCUGAGCUCGCUGUCCAAGUCGCAUCUAGAGUUGCUGGAGAGCAGGAGCGAAUGCACCGCAGUUUCCGUCUCGGCAGACGGGAUGAGCUCGUCGGCGUUCCACAACUUGGAAAUGGGGGAGAUUUCCGCAAAUCUGAGCGACGACAUGAAGGAGAUGACGAACUGUGUGCGCCAAGCCAUUCGUUCCUCAUCUCUAGAGAGGAAAUCCGCUAAGGAACCCACCGUCAGCAGGUCCACGCAAACAGCAGCCCACUGCGUCAGCAUCGGGCUUCAAACCGACAUCCUCACCGCCAGCAGGGGCGCGGGAUUGCACGCUAAAGCCUGGUCUCCCCGGCCUUCGUCUACGACCGGAUCGCCGUUGGCGUCGGCGAGAACCAGACACAUAUCGACAUCUCUAGACAAAGUUCACUGCAGGAUAGAAAGGCCGUGUUGCUCACCCAAGUUUGGAUCUCCGAAGCUCCAGCGCCGCGUGUCCUCAGGGUCCACCUCCAGACUGGACGGGACUCGAGAACGCAGCCUGUGGAGCCUCCAGCAGAGACCCGUCGGAGGCGGUGGCGGCUCGGCGUGGGCUCGCUCAACCACUACCAGGGACAGCCCCGUGCUGAGCGGACUCACUGACGGGCUGUCUAGCCUCUUCAGUGUGGUGGAACAUUCUGGAAGCACAGAAACCUUAUGGAGGGGUGAUGGAGGUGCCGGUCCGGUUCGACAAGUUCACGCCGCAGGGAAACCCUCCUUCGCGUCAGUCUGUCCGUCUGAUCCAAGCGCUCAGCGCUUGGGUGGAAUAGUCACAGAGUUUUUCCACAACGUGUGCGGCGGUCGCGGCCGAGGAGCGCACAGAGACUGUGUCGACGAGCCGGUCGCCGCGGGAGCCUUGGCCGGACUGUGCGGAGGCAACGACAAUGUGACCAGGAUCGUGAACAAGCGCUUCAUGAGACAGACGGCCGGCGACGAGAUGAUCGGUGUCAUGGGAGGUGCCGGUUCUUCGGGUUCGGGGGCAGAGGAUGGAGCCUGCGACUGCGCAACCCCGUCCCAUUGCCACGGACGACCUUCUCGAGGCCCUCGCAGUUCGCCGGGACAAUGCAAACACCGCCCGCACGAGUCGACGGCCUCCGUCGAGGACAAGAGCGACCUUUUGACAGAGUGA